AUGCGUGGGGGUUUCCCACACGCCUCACACGCCAUUAUGCUCACCCUGCGUCAACUGUUGACCCCCUCUCGACUACUGGUGACCUUCCUCGCCUGCUCAUUGCUCCUGCUCGUACCGACGUACCUCUCCGUCGCGCAAAGCCCCUUGGAACGCUCGGGCUCCAACUCGGUCUGGGCCCAACAAGGCGUACAAAAAGGUGGAGCAGUCGGUGUCAGGGAUGCAUUGGCAAGAGCGGCGAUCAAGGAUCCGUUGGCGCAAGAGGCGUUGGAGAAGUUGCCGAAUUAUUGGAAGGGACCGAUCAUCAUGCCCAAGCUUGAGAACGCGACCGUAAAGUCAGUCCAGCAUCCCACUCUCUGUGAACCCACUCGACGUACUAAUCACUUUGGAUCAACUUGUGCAGGGCCGAACUAGGCCGAGCGUCGUGGAAGCUACUACAUACGAUGGCCGCUCGUUUUCCUGUCGAGCCGACCGAGGACGAAAAGGAGACGUUCAAGAGUUUUCUCUACCUCUUCUCCCGAUUGUACCCAUGUGGUAAGUGGAGCGAGGCAUGGAUGAAUUGGGUCAAUGAACGAGUGCUUACCCCGCAUCUUUGCCACCUUCCAUCCUUCAGGCGAAUGUGCAGCCGAGGUCAGUCGAGAGAGCCAAAGAAGUUCCUAAUGUCCUGACGCUGAUCUCCCCUACCCCUCCCCUCCCGUCCCGAUUUCAACAGUUCCAAGCCUUGCUUCUUAAACACCCGCCUCAAACCUCCUCCCGUUCAGCCGCCUCGAUUCAUCUCUGUCACUUGCACAACCUCGUCAAUGCCCGAUUGGGCAAGGACGAAUUCGACUGUGGGAAAGGGUUGGAGAUCAUCUACGAUUGUGGGUGUGCGGACGAUGAACCGUCCAAGACGAGUACAUCAGACGACGAUCAAGAUCCCACUCUUCUGGAGAGAAACAAAGCAUCGGACAGUACGGUCGACAAAGAUGGCAAGCGCAAGGAUGCCAUCACGGGUAAAGACUUGGUCGGAGGGUGA